AUGCCUUUCAAUGGUGUCACUGAUGGGAAAACAAUUCCCCUAGGGCAGAUCGAGCUGCCCAUCAUGUUCGGGGAACGGGACAACUUCUGCACCGAGAACAUCGUCUUCGACGUGGCGCACUUCGACCUCCUCUACAACACCAUCCUCGGGCACCCGGCACUUGCCAAGUUCAUGGCGGCCGUGCACUACGUAUAUAGCACCGUGAAGAUCCCGGGGCCUUCCGGGGUCAUCUCGGUCAAAGCGGACGUCAAGGGGUCGGUGCAUUGUGCCGAGAAGCUCUAUGAGGCCAUGGCGGCCGUCUCCCAAAUGACGGCGAAUGCCCCGAGCUAUCAGCCCAUCCUUCGACCAGGCAGCGGAUCACCCCCGAUGACGUGGCCCUCACCAAGGCGAUCCGCCUCGGAGACGAUCCCGAGAAGACGGUGA